AUGGAUAAUGUAUCAGCAGUGACAUCCUUCAUAUUGACAGCAUUCACUGAACUGGAAGAUCAAAGAUAUUUAUACUUUGUAUUUUUACUCAUGUUGUACCUUCUGAUAUUAUUGGUUAAUUUGGUUUUGAUUGUAAUAAUAUGCAUUGAGAGGGGACUGCAUGAGCCCAUGUAUUUGUUUAUAUGUAACUUAGCAGUGAACGGAGUGUAUGGUAGUACAUCUUUAUUACCAUCUAUGCUUGGCCAUUUGUUAUCUGAUCAUUUUGAAAUAUCUCUGACCCUUUGUCUAGUACAGAUCUUUAGUUUACACACAUAUGGUACAAUUGAAUUAUGUAUUUUAGCAGUGAUGAGUUAUGACCGCUAUAUUGCAAUUUGUCAUCCAUUACACUAUCAUCAAAUACUGUCUCAUAGAAAAGUGUGCUUUCUGAUUGCAUUGUCUUGGUUUUAUGCCUUUCUUGUUUUUGGGCUCUAUUUCAUAUUAACUGUAUUGCGUACAUUUUGUGAUGCAAUUAUAGAAAAAUUGUAUUGUGCCAAUUUUGCAUUAGUCAGACUUUCUUGUCUUGAUACAUCUUUUCAGAGCAUAGUUGGACUCGCAGCGAUUGGAUUAUUACUUGUUCCACAGCUCCUCAUGAUAGUAUUUUCAUAUGCGCAAAUACUCAGAAUUUGCCUGCUUGCUUCUAAGGAAUCUCAGGCCAAAGCUAUUCAAACAUGUACCCCUCACUUACUGGCUGUGAUUAACUAUGCAAUAGGAUGUUUUUUUGAAAUCAUUCAGAGUCGUUUUAACAUGAGUCAUGUUCCACAUAAAGCUCGCAUAUUCAUGUCCCUUUACUUUCUGAUAUUUCCACCAUUGUUUAAUCCUGUCAUUUAUGGAAUUAGCAUUCAGUCCAUCAGGGUUCAGAUUUUCAAACUGUUCUGUCCCAGGAAAAACAAGUUAACUCCAAGUGGAUGCUGA